AUGUUUAUUAAUCUAACAUUGAUCUUUUUAAUUGUUCUGGAGAAAAUGUUGCAUGACCCAAUGUAUUUAUUCCUCUGUAAUCUGUGUGUUAAUGGUAUCAUUGGUUCUUCAUCUUUCUACCCAAAGAUGCUUUAUGACAUUUCAUUUGACUCUCAUGUGAUAACCUACAUUGGGUGCUUGACCCAGAUAUUUUUCAUCUCCUUCUAUGUUUAUUGUGAAAGCACAAACUUAACAGUGAUGGCUUAUGACAGAUAUGUUGCCAUCUGUAAGCCACUCCACUACCAUUCAAUUAUGACUGUUAGGAAAGUGUGGACACUGCUUCUUUUAACGUGGCUUUUCACAUGUCUGGAAUGUUGUAUCGGAAUAUUGGUAACAGUUAGGUUACCCCUCUGUGGUGUUGACAUCGAUAAACUCUACUGCGCAAACUGGGCAGUGGUGAAACUCUCAUGCAAUGAAACCACUUUGAUCAACAUCUACAGCUAUAUUUUCACAUUUUUCCACAUUUGUCAGAUGAUACUUAUCCUGAUUUCCUAUGUGAAAAUCAUCAAAGUAGCUUUACGUUCCCAGGCGGUUAUGAGGAAGUUCAUGCAGACCUGUCUGCCUCAUCUGAUCACACUGACUAACUUUGUCCUGUCUCUCUUCUGCGAUGUGAUGUACUCUCGCUAUGGCAGCAACACCACUCUAUUGGCCCUGAGGAAUAUCAUGGCUGUGGAUUUUCUGGUUGUUCCUCCUCUGUUAAACCCUAUCAUAUAUGGGAUGAACCUCAGUCACAUUCGGAAUAGAGUUAGACAGAUGUUCAACAGUAAAGUUGUUGCCCUAAGAUAA